AUGUGGAAGUGGUGGACACUUGCACUGUGUGACGAUGUGGCGGUGUUCGUGGAUUGGGUGGAAGUGUUGUCCGAAUGCGCCAUCAUGAUUGGUGGAGUGAGCACCGACUCAGUGGAGGGUUUGUCGGAACAGACGCGGUGGUUUGUGCAGGCGCGCACGAAUUUGCAUGUGUUGUUGGACAGUUUUGCUCACGCACCCAGUCGCGACAUGAGUCCAGAGUUGUUGCGGUACCUCAUUCGAAUCAUGCAGGUUAGCGACCUCGAGCUUCUUGCCCUCCUGGUGGGUGGUGGAAUGCCAUCGUGA